GCGAGCUUGUUUGCGCAAAUACUCGCCCAAUUCAACACGCCUUGGGCAGCUUGUUGGAUCUCUGUGAUUUUGGAAGAACAUGUGCGCAUACCGGAAGUUAUCCAUUGAGUUCCGAUCGUUUACGAAACGUCUGGCCAAUCAGACGGUCAGAUAGACGGCUCAAGAAAUGGGUGUGGGACUCCUUCGUAAAUAUAGAUGGUUUGAGGAGGUGCGAAACCCUCCGUCAUCAAAUGAACAUAAUAUGUCACAGCUGUGCUGAUACCACGCAGUGCCAACAAGUGUUUGAAGAGUUAUAGUCCACAGUUUCGUGUUGGAUAGAAAAAGUUUGUUCACUUAAGUGUCGUGACAAGAAUAUUUGCAAUAUUAUUCUAAAAAGCAAAGAUAUAUAUUAUUACAAUCAUUGCGCCUUUUAAACUCUUAAUUUCCACUUGACAUGCUAUUUGUUAAGGUGACGUGAGACUAUUUCGACGACUUUUUUGUAGGCGUUUUGUGAUAAGCCAAAAAAAAAAAAAAAACAGGCUAUUUUCAAGUGAAUCGUCUCUCAGUACAAACAAUUCGAUUUUGAAGAUUUCAUCACUUAUGUCACAAAGAAAAGGAGAAACAAAACCCAACCGAUUCUUACUCGAGUUGUUUCUAGAUUCUGUGUGCUACUUCACAUUUCUAAUUUUAUAAACAAAACGAGAAAAAGAAACACAGGAACAUUCUCCAUAGUGUUGCUGUAAUGCAUGCAAAUCCCAUCAAUUAAGUAGUGUGCAAUGCAAGAAAGAUUGACACUUCAGUUCUGUGUAAUUAAUUUGAUUAGAUAAAGCCUAUCUCUUCCUGUCUGGUUGCUGGAUUGUUCAGUGGUUCGUGUCAUCUUUCAGAACGAAAAUAACAAAGGGAUUCUGCCGGCAACAGGAACUACAACAACAGCAACAACAACAACAACAACAACAAUAACAACGGCAACAAUACAAGCGUUAACAACAGCAACGACAACGUCAAGAACAAACGCUCUCUCCCCUGAAGCCAGAUACAGCAACAUUGCUCCAGUUAGAGAACCCAACUAUUUGAUUAGCGUCGUGCCUAGAUGUUCAGUGGUGCGUGUAGCUCUCGCCCUGCAUCAUCAUUCCCGCGUCUAGGAAGAGCCUGGUCCGCAGACUCCUGGAGAGUAACGGACUACGGAACGUCAUGACUAUCUUGUCCAUUGCCCUCCUCGCGGUCAGUAUAGGCCUGGUCACCUGCGCUCCUUCGGGACUGCUCCAGGCGGCAGUUUCUGAACCUAAAGAGAAUGUUACGUCAUCACGUCAAAAGACCACAUCGUUAGAAGAUGAAGCGUUGACAGAUGACGUUUUGUCGCCACAGAAUGUGUCGUUACCAGACAGCUCCAACUCAGCGCAGACCGUCAUGUUUGAAGAGGUGGCCAUGUUAAAUGUUACGUCAGCCAUCUAUCCUACGUUACCAGCUGACACCACGUCAUCAAAUAACGCCACGUCAUCAAAUAACGUCACGUCGUCAAAUAACGUCACGUCACAUGGAAAUGAUACAACGAUAGGCAGAGGAGCCCAGGCAUCACAGCAGGUCGUGAAUAAUGAUUCCACAACACAUACUAGCAAUUCUUUCCACCGAAACCCCCAACGAGACCACACAUCUAAAUAUGACGACACCGACACACAAAACGCUGAAAAUAUUACAAAAACAAAUCCUGUGUCAGAUGAUACCACGACUUAUCAAGAGAUCAGUUCCAGUGCUGUUUAUGUCUCCUCAAACUCUACAGAACCCGUGAAUCAGACCGCGACAGUGGAAUCAUCUGUACAAAAACCAGUGGAUAUACCCACGUCCACGACUUCAAUAUUGGAUAAUUCUGGAUCAGAACCCAACUCACUGGGUACAGACAGUUAUUCAACGACACGAUCUUUUGAAGUGAACAGGGUCUUGAAAUAUGACAGGAGUAAUGAGGAUCGUAACGUCGAAAGCGAAACGGAUCAGGGCGAAGAGGACGAAACCGUGGAGACGAUAAUCGAAGAAGAUUAUGGUGUGCUUGCUGGCACCAAAAAAGAGACAGAUGAACGACUGGAGGCUUAUCACGAGUCGGUGGUCAUGUCACACCUUGAAGAAGAAUUGGACGAGGAAGAAGAAAUGGCUGCGGCACAGCUGAGUGAUGAUGUCAUUAUCGAUGCCUUGUUUACCAAUCUGGACAGCCUACAGGAUCAGAUUGAAUUAUGCGAGGAAGGGCUGCGACAGAAGCUCCUUGUGGAGGCCCACCCAACGGUAACGCCAAACUCCCCGCAACAGAAGUCAGUAGAGGGGGAAAUCGACGGCGAUGACGACGACGACGACAACGACGAUGAUAAUAUUGAUGACGGUGAAGAUAAUGACGAGCGUCAGGACCCCAGCAAUGAUGACAUAGACGAUGAGAAUGACAACACGGGAUUAUCGACAGAUGAAGGAAGCAACGAAAUUAAGGAUAAGGAGAGUGAAAGGAGAAGUGAAGAAGAAAAGGAAGGUGAUGAGGGAACAGAACAUGGAGAGGAUGUUAAGGAAAGAUUUGGUAAUAAUUUUGAAGAAGGAGAAGAUAAUGGAGAAAUUGUUGAUUCUUUUGCGAAUGGUAGCACUGAGCAGAACAGUACCGACUCUGAGUUAGAACAUGAUGAAAAAGAUGACAAUGAAUAUAAGGAUGAUAAUUCUGAUAACAAACAAAAGAGAGCAAUAGAAAAUCCCACAGUAAUCCAAUCACCUAAAGAAGGGCCACACACAACAGUUGCAAUGGAAACACAAACAAAAAAAAAGCAGGAAAGCAGGAAACGACGAUCAAUGGGGAAUAACCGAGAAAAUAUUUAUGAAAACAACAAGGGCGACAAAAGUGGCGUCCCUUCGGAAACGCCAAGCAAGCCAUCUCAGCAACCUUUGCGUUACAGCGAAGCAGUCGUGAAAAGACUCUCCGAGAGGCUGGAGUAUCUCAAGUCUUCUUUGGUUCAUUGUUAUCUUCUUUACAAAGACAUGGAAAUCGGAGUGUAAGUCACUCUAUAGAAGGUACUCAAGUUUCCCUUUACAAACAAAAGCAAAAACGAAAA